UUCUGAAACAUAAUAAUGAUUUGAAACAUGUUAAGUAUAGAUGCCCUUAGAGCCUCUAUGGCGGUUCGAAAACGGGGCAACUAUACUUUUAGCAGAGGAUAGAUGCUCUUUUCAAUAAAAAACAAAGUAAUAAUAUAAUAUAAGCAAAAUAUUUUGAUCCAUUAAGCUUCAGUGUACCCAAAUCAAUUAAUAAAAGACAGGAGUUAUAAGGAGUCAAAAGUUAUUCGAUAACAAAUAUUUCAAAAUAUUAUUUUCAUGCUCUUUGAAUAGCCGCGGAAAGUUUUGGCACUCAUGGACGAAACGCAUGCACUUGGGCUUAUGUUCCCAGAGGCACUGAGGCUUGCGGGGGGAGCGCUUGCUGUUAUGUAGUGGAGUUUUACUUCCACAGUCCUGCUACUAGUAGAAAUUAAAAUGAGCCAUCUAUCCUGGAAUCAUCCUAGUGCGAUUGCGUCUGGGUUGUCGUGCAGUUGGUACUGCGUGAUUUUAAUAGGUACGCUUUGUAGCGACGACAGUGAGAGUUGGGCAGCGGCUCGGUGUGCACACACUCGGGAGCACUGCGAAGUUUGCACGGGAAAUUUGUCGGAGAGCGUUUUCCCCGAAGGGUCCCGCAGGGGCGCGGGGCGGGAGAAGGCUUGAUAUUGACCUAGAUGUUCAUUCAGUGUUCGGUCGAUGGGGGAACUUGACAUCUGCGCGAUCCUUCGUUAUAUGUUUUCCAAUUUAAUGUACAUUUAAAUGUUUUUCUCUAUUUUUUUUCUUGAGCAAUUGAGCAGGAAUUGCUCGUUACCUUGCUAAAUUAUGUCAAUUUUUGAUACUUUUGAACUGAUGAAUUUUAAUAGUGAGUGGAUUUGAUGAGUCUUGAGACGUUUGGAGCCCGAGGGAUCGGAGCUGCAAUGUCUUCAAGCACCUUGGUCCAGCUGGCACUCAAAUAGCGUACGUCAGACGACUUAGCGCGAUGGCGGAUGCCACCGAGGCAUCUCUACCAGACGCGAACAACACAGCUUUGGAUGUUUAUAUACAUUCCGAUACUAGAGAAGAGCCUGGGGAUGUGGAGGUUCCGGCGGUGGAAGCGGAGCCCGCGCGGGGGAACUGGACGGGCCGGUUCGACUUCCUGCUGUCGCUGCUGGGCUACAGCGUCGGGCUCGGCAACGUGUGGCGUUUCCCUUAUCUCUGCUACAACAACGGGGGAGGGGCAUUCCUUAUCCCGUUCACCGUGAUGCUCAUUGUAGCGGGUCUGCCGCUAAUGUUCAUGGAGUUGUCUUUUGGACAGUUCGCCGCCCUGGGACCCGUGGCUGUUUACAACCAAUUUUGUCCGCUCUUCCGUGGCCUUGGCUACGGAAUGGUCAUCGUUUCCUGCAUCGUAAUGCUGUAUUACAACCUCAUAAUAGCCUGGACAAUAUACUACCUGACUGUCUCAUUCACCAGCAUGUUUGGUCAACUGCCGUGGCAGAAUUGUAACGCCGAUUGGAGUACUGAAAAUUGUUAUUCAUAUGAAGAAGCCGAUUUAUGCGAAGCACAAAAUGGAACUUAUUAUCUGAGAAAAUGUUUCAACCUGACUUACACCAUUGAGCAUAAUAUAAGCGCAUUAGCAGACGUGGCCCUGAGGCGGCCACCAGCGGAGGAGUACUUUACGAACAAGGUGCUCGGGCUUUCAACGGGGAUUGAAGAAAUAGGUGAUUUAGGAUGGGAAAUGGCUGCGUGCUUACUUGCUGCUUGGAUUAUCGUUUUCCUUUGCUUGUGCAAGGGUGUGCAGUCAUCCGGAAAGGUGGUGUAUUUCACUGCAUUGUUUCCGUACGUUGUGCUGGUGGUUUUGUUCUUCCGCGGCGUGACAUUGCCAGGCGCUUGGAACGGAAUUAUGUAUUACCUCACACCGGAUUUCAGUCGACUAGCAAACGCUCAAGUGUGGGGUGACGCUGCCGUGCAAAUAUUUUUUGCCCUUAGCCCAGCAUGGGGUGGACUCAUUACUUUGUCUUCGUAUAAUAAAUUCACUAACAACUGUUAUAUUGACUCAUUGAUAGUUGCGGCUUCCAACAUAUUAACAUCAUUUUUCGCCGGUUUGGUAAUUUUCUCCGUGAUUGGGUUCCUUGCACAUGAACUGGAAGUAGAAGUGGACAAAGUUGUUGACCAAGGAGCUGGUCUGGCAUUCAUUGUGUAUCCUGAAGUAGUGACGAGGCUGCCUCUCUCGCCACUUUGGUCAAUCCUCUUCUUCGUAAUGUUGCUGGCCCUUGGACUCGAUUCUCAGUUUGCUCUUAUGGAGACCGUAACAACCGCCAUCUUGGAUAGGUUUCCUAAAUGGAGACAGAUGAAAGUGCGGGUUGUACUGGCAGUCUCUGUUUUCGGCUAUUUGGGCGGACUGAUCUUCACUACUAACAGUGGGAUGUAUUGGCUACAGUUAAUGGAUAAGUACGCGGCCAACUGGUCGGUGCUGAUCAUCGCAAUCGGCGAGUGCAUUCUGAUCUCAUGGGUGUACGGCGCCAACAAGUUCUGUCGCGAUAUCCAGUGCAUGAUCGGACAACAGUCCAGGCUGUGGGUCAUCUUCUGGAGCUCCAUGUGGAGAUGGAUCACUCCUGCUGUUCUGGUGUUCAUCCUCGUGUUCAACUGGAUCGAGUACAAGCCGGCAUCGUAUGGCCACUACAUUUACCCCAAGUGGGCAGACGCCAUCGGCUGGGUGCUGGGCGUGCUGCCCGUGGCGGUCGUCUUGAUCAUGGCCGUCGACAAAAUCUGCAGCGGCCCUGACGACCUCACUAUCAUGGAGAAAUGUCGAGUACUAGCUCGCCCGACUGACGAAUGGGGCCCGCCGGUCAACGUAGGGGUGCGCGCAAUUGCGCCCGAGCCCGAGCUGUCGCCGCCGGCGGUUUUGCUGCUGCACGGCCGCCCCGUGCUGCGUGAGCGCGGUGCUUGACCCCCGCAUGAGCACCCUCUGAUCGCCAUGCGCAAGUUGUCUCAAGAUGGCGGCGAUAAUACAUCCACUACUAGUAGCAUUGAAAAUGAAAUAAAGAAGUCUCGUUCAGGUAUUUUAAAAUCCACAAAAAAAUCUAAUAAGAAAAAAGUGCAGAAUUUCAACAAUGAAAGUGAC